UCGCGACGAAAGAGCGACGGAGGAACCGCAGGCGGCUUUACCGGGAGGCUGAGAGGGGGAAGAGACACCGAGAGACAGCCGGGAGAGCGGAGAGACCGCCGGGUCCCAUGUCCCCAGAUGGAGCCUGAGGGCGACAGUCACAGAGGAACCGGCUUCCAGUGGAGGAGCUACAAACUUCUUCUGGAUCCUGCUCUUCCAGGGACACGGACCAGUCAGAAGAUUUACCGCUACGAUGGCAUACACUUCAACGUCACCGAUGGACCAUUUCUUCCACUGGGAGAUGUACGGGAUCCUCGGCCACAACGUAUGUGGAGUAAACCAAGAGAAGUGUCGCUUCCUAUUCCGAAAUUCAAGUAUGAUAAGUUCUACAUUGGACAGCUCCCCCAGAAAGAGGUCACUUUUGCCCACCUGAACGACAACAUCCGCGAGCCCUUCCUGACCGACAUGUGCCGCAAAUUUGGGAACGUCGAGGAGGUGGAGAUCUUGCUGCAUCCGGAGACGCGUAAACACCUCGGCCUGGCCAAGGUUCUGUUUUCCAGCUCGCGCUCAGCAAAGGAGACCGUCGCUCACCUUCACAACACGACCGUCAUGGGUAACAUCGUACACGCAGAGCUCGACCUGCUAGGUCAACAGCGGAAAAAAUAUUACGAUUUGAUUGUGAGCGGCUCGUACAACCCCCUGACCGUUCCCACCAGUGGGAGGUGGGCGCAAGAGAGGCUGCAGCCCGAACAGGCUGACGGCCGAAGGCGCUUGUCCAGCGACACCACUCUUCUACCUGGAAACGGAACCCCGUCGUCUCAAGAUUCCGGAUCUCUGUACAACCAGUACACGCCGACCCUGUCCUCGCAGGGCACCCCGUACACUCCCAGGUCCGGUACCCCCUACUCUCAGGACUCCGCCUAUUCCAGCAGGCAGAGUACCCCCAGCCAUUCCAGUACCCAUGACACCUCAGGAUACAAGUCACGGCGACCGGAGAACAGCUCUGGCGACUCUUAUUCACGACGCUCUGGACACCACUACUCUUCAGCUUCCUCAUCUUCCUCGCAGCACGACAGCAGCUACCGCCGACACCACAGACACCAACAUCGAACCUCCCCACAGUCCUACCGGUCACGCCACCGGAAACCGCCCCCGCCUCCAGAGGAACCUCCUUUACACCGAUUUCCUGGGACUCCUCCCCUGCCUACACCUCCGCCACUCCCACCAGACGAUCCUCAAAUCGACCGGGACUAUCGACUGCACCCUCCACUUCCUCCGUCUCCACCAUCUUCCUCUCUACUGCAGCCCCCGCCGCCACCUACCGAGAGCUGGGAGCCGCCUCCUCCACCUCCCCCACUCCCGGCCUGUUCUCCUCCCCCGUCCCCAGCGCGUUCCUGCUCCCCGCUCCCGGACGGCGUUUCGGAGAGCCUACCGUUCACACAACACAGCAGCAGUCUGGACUCUCGUAUCGAGGCUCUUCUAAAGGAACAGCGCUCCAAAUUCUCCUUCCUGCCUUCUGACACGGAGGAGGAGGAUGAGGGAACGGCGGAUGGGGCCACACAGGAGAGCACGGUCCACGAGGAGGUUCCCCCUCCAUUGCCCACGCACGGGCCAUACACUCCCCCUCCACCUGCCAGCUUCGAGGAUGUGUCAGCCGAGGCCUUCCUGAGGUUCGGAGAUGUUAGUAGGACAGCCAACGGACAGGAACGGUUGUCAUCAGGAGAAGAUAUGGAAAUUUCGGAUGAAGAAAUGGCUGUUGACAUGCCAGGAGCUGCAGGUCCGCCUUACCCACUUCUGCCUCAUCUAACGGGACCUACAGGAGGUUACCCGGCACAACACCUUCCUUCUCCCCUUUUACAGUUACCGCCCCACCCGCAUCACCAAGCCCCCAAUUCCUACCCGCUCCUGCCCAACACUUCUGCCAGGGGUCAUCCGCCCACCCCUCCGCCCCUCGACCCUUCAUCGUCCUCGGCCACUGCCGCUCCUCAUAUCUAUGACUUUGUGAACUCCAUGGAGCUGGUGAACAGGCUGGGCAACCAGUGGGGCGGAACUUCCAUGUCCUUCCAGAUGCAGACUCAGAUGCUGAGCCGCCUGCAGCAGAACAGGCAAAGCAAAGGGCAGCCGUACGAGGACCCCUACAUCCCGCCAUUAAUACCCCACCAGCUGCCUCACAGACAUCGGCAACAGCACCCCCCGCCGCUUAUGUCCGAGCAGGUCUUUGCAGGGGUUUACCCCCUUUUCCCUACACAGCAGAUCCAACCCUUGUUACCACUACAGGAGCUACCUAUCAGGAACAACCGAGCACUGGGACAGGAACUCCGGCCACUGGGCUGGGGGCAGGAGAGCGGAGUGGACCCGCACGCUACCACCAUCACAAGUGUGUUGUCUGCUCUCAUCCAGGAGAUGAAAAGCACUAUGCAGAGAGACUUAAACCGAAAGAUGGUGGAAAAUGUCGCCUUCCGAGCCUUCGACGAGUGGUGGGAGCGCAAGGAGGAGAAGGCAAAACCGUUCCAGAGCGUGGCCAAGCCUGUUGUCCGGGAAGAAGACAAGGAAAAGACCCGUCCUAAAGAACCUGGCCUGCUCUCAUUGGUGGAUUGGGCCAAGAGCGGAGGCGCUGAAGGUUUCGGGUUUGGCACUGGACUGCGGGAGGCAAUGAGGCUUCCGUCUUUCAAGGUCAAGAGGAAGCAUCCAUCGGAGGAUGAUGAUGACGACAGUGAACAGAAGAGGCCGCGGCCAUCCACGCCAGCAGAGGAGGAAGAGGAUGGGCGAGGAAAGGAGACGCCAUCAGAACCACGGCCAGGAGUAAAACCUCCACAGCGGGAGGGCGCACGAGGAAAACACAAACGCAGGAGCCCAUUCCACCUAGACAGUGAGGGCGAAGAGGCCUCUGAGGAAUCCGCAUCUGAUAAGGAUGAUGAUGAUGACGACGAUGAUGAUGAAAUCAGCUCGAAGGAUGAAGAUUCUGAAGGUGAGACUACCCCACUGGCCAAACUCUCCAACAAGAUCGCGUCAGACAGCGACAGCUCCAGCGACGAGGACAGCAGUUCGUCGUCGUCCUCUUCAUCCUCCUCUUCCUCGUCGUCUUCUUCAUCCCCUGCCUCCUCUGAUGAUGAGGAAGAUCAGGAGGACGAGACCCUAGUGGCUCCCACGAUACCUGAACCCUUCAGACCUCCCAGCCCACCAGGACCUCCUCCUCCGGAACCUGUCGAAGAGAAAGAGGAGAGCCGGGAUGCGUCUCCAUCGCCACCAGUCAAACAGGAAGCGUAUAUAGAAGCCCCGCCCCAACAGUCUCCACCCCAGUCUCUUCCAAUCACACCCACCAAACCAUGCACCCCUCCGUCUCCGCCGCUACCACUUCUUCCUCCACCCAAGAAGAGGCGAAAAACCGUCACCUUCCUCCUUUCCCCAGAAGACGAGCCCGAACCUGCCGAGAGCAAACCGCCAAAUCAUGUGGUUACCGAGAAACUACCCCCCGAGAUUCUAGAGAAAGCACAGGAGGAGCCAUUGUUGGAACCGAUGCCACCGGCAGAGGAACCUCCACCAACUCCACCAAAGGCUCCUUCAGCAAUACAGCCGCCAGAGACUCUUGUGAGCCCCAAAACCGAGCCUGUUCUGGUCCCACCACCACCUGCCAAAGAGCCUUCGCCUCAGAAGACACCACCGGAGCAGCUAACAGUAUUAAACCUCCCUUGGGAUCAUGCCUGUCUGGUGAAGUCUAACCCACCGCGAGUCGGAGAACAAGUCACGCCACCAGAUGGAGAGGAUAUGUUAGAUGAUGAGUAUGACCAAGUGGAUGAGGUAAAACCGGCUCUUCCAGAACUUCCACAUAAACCAGAACCAACGGCCGCUUCUGUACAAGAACCGCUAGAGCCAGAACGAACGGAAAACCUAGAGGAACUUCUUUUUGCCCCGGUACGGCAGAUCUUGCUGGAGCACAGUUACGCACAGAUACCCGCCUCAUUAAAGCAGCCUCCCAAGAGGCAACGCGGAGUGUCUAUAGACUUGGAGAAACCCAGCGACUUCCUCCAUGUCGACCUGGGUCAGCCUGUGCUGGAGGCCCCAGAGGAGGUGAUUUGCGUCGGAGGUGGUUUAGUCCCAGGACUGGAGGCCAGGACAGGGCUGUUGGAAGUUGGCGACCUCCAUCUGUCGUCACCCAGGAAAGCAGAGGAGGCCGCGACCAAAGCACAUCAUGAGGACUCUAAGAGGAAAAGCCGUAAGCAGCAGCAAGCGAAGGAAAUGAUCGAGCCCGGGGAGGUCACGUCCGAUGAAGACGAGGAUGAGGACGAAGAGGAAUUCUGGGUGACCACUCGGGAGUUGAGGUCUCACAAGAACCGGCGUCCUUUAAAACCGCCUUCCCCGCCAAAGUACGAGGUGCGCAGCGAAUUUGAACAGAUGACCAUCCUUUAUGACAUCUGGAACAACGGGCUGGAUGUAGAAGACAUGUAUUUCUUGAGGGAAACCUACGAGAGGCUGCUGCAAGAGGACCACAGUACUGACUGGCUGAACGACACCCACUGGGUUCCCCAUACAAUCACCAACAUUGCCGACCCCAAGAGAAAGCGGAACAAGCAGGACGGUCUCCGGGAGCACCAGACGGGCUGUGCGCGCAGCGAAGGCUACUAUGUCAUCAGCAAGAAGGACAAAGAAAAAUACAUGAAUGUGAUUCCUGUGUCCGUACGGGAACUGGACAGCGACAUGCAGGGUACAAACAGGGUUCUGUCUGAGCGCCGCUCGGAGCAGAGGCGCCUUCUCAAUGCCAUCGGCUCUUUCUCAAUAUUGGACAGCGACUUGUUGAAGCUCAACCAACUGAAGUUCCGUAAGAAGAAGCUCCGAUUUGGCCGCAGCCGCAUUCACGAGUGGGGUCUCUUCGCCAUGGAGCCCAUCGCCGCCGACGAGAUGGUGAUUGAGUACGUUGGGCAAAACAUCCGUCAGGUGGUGGCGGACAUGCGGGAGAAGAGGUACGCUCAGCAAGGGAUCGGAAGCAGCUACUUGUUCCGUGUGGACCAGGACACCAUCAUAGACGCCACCAAAUGUGGCAACCUGGCCAGAUUCAUAAACCACUGCUGCUCGCCUAAUUGUUACGCCAAAGUCAUCACCAUCGAGUCCCAAAAGAAGAUCGUCAUCUACUCCAAGCAAGCGAUCAACGUCAACGAGGAGAUCACGUACGACUACAAGUUCCCCAUCGAAGAAAGCAAGAUUCCCUGUUUAUGUGGGACGGAAAACUGCCGAGGGACUUUAAAUUAACUGCCAGCCCGGUCGCAGGUUCCGGUUGCGGGUUCCGGUCACGGGGCUCCACAUAAA